AUGAUCUUGUGCUAUGGAGGUGUUGCCCCAUCAAUGGUCAAUGCCAAGAACACGUCAAGGAGUCUUAUAGGAAGACGCUGGGAUGAAGACAUGCUAUCUGUAGCCUGUGAGUCUCUCAAGCAGGAGCUAGUUGUCACCUGGGUUGACAACCAGGUUGGUGCCUUGCUGGAGUACAAGCAGAGACUCAUCACAGGCCUAUUCUUCAAGUUCUACAUGAAAAUUGUAGACAGCAACCAGCCUGCUGAUGAUCCUAUAGGAGAACUAUUUGCGGGGCUGGUAACCAGCACUAGAGCCCAUGCAAGGAUUGUGUCUGUGGACCCUCAAACUGCCCUUGCCACCUCUGGUGUGGUGUGUUAUUUCGAUCACCAUGAUAUCCCCGGUAAAAAGUAUUUUGGACCAAUCACUGAGGAUGAACCAAUCUUCGCUAUUGACGAGGUGGAAAGUCACGGGCAUAUUAUUGGCUGUGUUGUGGCUAAGAAUCGAGAGUUGGCACGAAAGGCAGCAGCAAGUGUCGUGGUGCAAUAUGAAGACCUUCCUGCCGUUCUUACUAUUGAGGUAAGAGAAGCAACUAGAACUUGA